CCGUCGUCGCAGCAAGAACGUUCCACCACAAAAAAUGAAAGUCCUUAUCCUGGCUGUUUGCAGUCUGGCUCUGGUAGCCGCCGAUGUCUCGCAUCUGUUCGGUCAUGAUCACCAUGAUCCCCACGAUCAUCCUGGCUACAACUAUGACCCGCCGAGCAUCCCCUUUGACCUGCCCACUCCGGCUCCAGCCUAUCUGCCCCCGGAACCUGUGACCGUUCGUGUGGUUCCCGUGACUCAGCCGCCAGCAGUUUACUUGCCUCCCGUGACCGUGAAGCCUGUGAUCCCGAUUGUCAGGACUCCCAAGCCUGCGUAUCUGCCUCCUCCUCCUCCGGUUGUGAAGGUCAACCCGCCUAAGCCCGCCUAUCUGCCUCCUCCACCACCAGUGGUGAAGGUCAACCCUCCCAAGCCCGCUUAUCUGCCUCCUCCACCACCGGUCGUCAAGGUCAACCCACCCAAGCCCGCCUAUCUGCCACCCCCACCACCGGUUGUCAAGGUCAACCCACCCAAGCCCGCCUAUCUGCCACCUGCACCCGUGGUGGAGCAGCCUCGCUAUGUGGCACCCGCUGUAGUGCCCACCUACAAGAUCCCGAUCCCCUCGUACGCCGCUCCUCUGGAGGAACCCGUGAACACCUAUCUGCCGCCCCAGGAGAUCGUGGUGCCCCACAGUGAUGAGGGCUACAACUACGAUCCACCAGCAGAGCCCUUCCUAUUCUAGAAAGCAAUCAUCCUCAGCCAUUUUGUAUUUGUUGUCUUUGAAUGUCACACGUAUUUACCUGUAGUUAUUUAUUGUUUACCAAGCUCAGCCUGCACUAAAAAACGAAUAAAGCUUAGCACUGCGAAAACGUA